UGAAAACCCGAUAAGCCUCGCUCUUCCCAUUUCAGAAGAUGCACCUUUACUGGGUACUGCUGGCGUGCGCCCUGGCCACUGGAGUCACCGCUGGUGGCUACGGCCACGCAUCCAUUUCUUACGUGUCCAAGCCAGUGGUCAGAGUUGGCUACGUAUCUAAGCCAGUUGUGACGUACGUCAAGCAACCGGUGGCCACAGUGUCCCACAUAGUCAAGCCCGUGCUUACAGUCAGCCAUGGUUAUGGAGGUGGCUAUGGAGGCGGAUAUGGGGGCGGCUAUGGUGGAGGCUACGGUGGCGGAUACGGUGGUGGAUACGGAUACUGGUAAUACCAGCCAAGCUGAUGUGAGAGAGGGUGCCAUCAAGCUUUUACCCGAAGCCCCGACGCUGGCGAGGACCUUCAAUAAUUUCAUGAUCAUUAUUUUAUCUUGUGCGAAUGAAUAAACCACGUAGACAGCCA